AAGCAUCGAGGAGGGAGGGGAUAUUUUAAUGGCCGUCAGCAGCACUACCAAAUGCAAAAAGUCCGGAUUAUCCGUUACAUUUAGACUGUUAUAGCUACGGGUGCAUUUGGGACACCUUUCUUUCGUAACAAGCAUUGUUCUGGGGACAUAUUUGAGCUGCAUAUGUCUUUUUAAUAUUGUUUCUGCGGCGCUGAACGGACUUUACCCGCUUGAUUUGUGCGCGAGUGGGAGCUCAGGCCUAGCCGGCUGGCUAAAAAACAAGCGGACGGUUAGCUAGUCGCUGGAGUUGAAAGGGAAUAUGUAACAUAAAACAACCGACAUGACAUCCAGAUUCGGUAAAACCUACAAUCGCAAGGGAGGGGAGGCUAAUUCGAAAUUUGAAGAGGUAUUCUCUAAUAAAAAGCCCACUCUGACCACCAAAUGGGGGGAGACCACCUACAAGGCUCAGCUGGGAGCCAAAAGGCCUCUGUUAAAACCUGAUGUUUCUGAGGUCUCCAAGAGACCCAGGCUCGAGGACAGUGACAGCGAAGAAGAUCCAUUUGGGUUCGACAGUGAUGAUGAGUCCAAGACUGUAUCUCCUCAAAGUGUGUCCCAGACAAAAGUCAGUGAAGGGGAUGUGAAAAAGACGACCGCAGUGCGAAGUGAUGGGGCAGCCACUUAUGUGACUUCUGCACAGGCCUCUGCAAGUUUAACCACCACAGUCACAAGCAAGCAAACAUCAGAAGUGAAGGCUGUUAAAAAUAACCAGCCCUGGUACAAAAGUGUAUCAGACAGCAACCAAAAACCUGUAUGUGUGGCCUCGUUCUCAAACACACUCCCCUCUGGUGAUCAGAACUUUUCAGCAUCCCAGAAGCCCAUCUCUUCCUCUGCUUAUAUAGACACCUCCCUUAAACCAUCUGCUGAUGCACCAGGUGGUAGCAAAGACUUCCAAACCUCUACUACUUAUGAUGGACUGCUAUCGGAAGAGAUGAAAAAUGCGGAGCUGGAGCUUCCCACUGAACCCCCUCCAGAACCAGUGGACAACAUUCCCCCUUCCCCAUUUACUCUUAGGGCCUCAAAUUGCAAGAAAUACCAGCGGCCCAACCGGCCCAACCAGUUGUCAUCUGAACCUGCCGAAAACAACAAGCCCACUGACACAGCGAGUGCCCAAGUUAAACCCAACAGCGUCCUUUCUGCUAGUGCAAGUAGUACUGCUGCCAGUGCUAAACCAGCAGCCAAGCCUGUGGGCAGGGGUGGUGGGAGGGUACGGGACUACACAGUUCUGCACCCUUCCUGUCUGUCGGUGUGCAAUGUCACUAUCCAGGACUCAAUAGAGCGCAGCAUUGAUGAACUGGUCACGCCAGCUGCCCCUGCUGAUCUUGGAGAGGCAGGCCAGAUGAAGAAGAAGUCCGAUGCGGCGCCACCCAAGCCCACAAGGUUCAGACCCACCCAGACAAAGACCAAGAAGACCAAGACUGAGACAAAGCUGGAGUUCUUUGGCUUUGAGGACAAAGAGGACCAGGAGGGCGAGGAAGGUUCAGAAGGAGGCAUGGCAGGCAAGAGUAGCUACAAGAUCAAGUACUUUGGCUUCGAUGACUUGAGUGAGAGUGACAGCGAUGAUGAGAGCUCACAGGCCAAAGAGAAGAAGGCCAAGAAGGCGGCUGCAGCUUUAGCCGCUCUGAGCUCCAGUGUGGACAGCCCCCACACCAGUGACUCUCAGGACAGUCAGGCCAGCAGCAAUACAGAUGCUUUUGACUUCUCUGAUGACUCCAGUCCUGGUGGCACUGAGGGACAGAAAGGACGCUCAGGGAAGACAAGUGACAAGUCCAAGGACAUCGGCAGUGGACUGAAAAAGAUUUUCAGUGGACCCAAAAAGUCACCUGCUAAAGCUGUGUACAACGCUCGCCACUGGAACCAACCUGAGCCAGAAGAGAUUCCGGUGCCGCCACUUUCUCGAUCCCAGACUGCUCCGGGCAUUUUAUCGAGCAGCAGCAAGGACAGCAACUCUCAUAAAGAUGACGGCUUAUUCAAAGCCCCUCCACCGCCACCCAAAGUCAUUAAGUCGGAGACCAUCCCCACACGACUCAACCAGGAUAUCGUCACAGCGCUCAAAUGCAGGAAGGAAGAUAAGGAGCUGUACACGGUGGUGCAGCAUGUGAAACACUUCAACGACGUGGUGGAGUUCGGAGAGAAUCAAGAGUUCACAGAUGACUUUGAGUACCUGGAGACGGGGCUGAAGAGCAGUCAGCCGCUCAACACGAGAUGCCUUAGUAUAAUCAGCCUGGCUGCGCGGUGUGCCAUGCCCAGCUUCAGGAUGCACCUGCGGGCCCGAGGAAAAGUGGCGCAGGUCUUCAAAAUGCUCAGCGACGCUCCACAACACCCGAACCUUGCUCUGUGCACGGCCGCCCUGAUGUACAUCCUGAGUCGGGAUCGUCUUAACAUGGAUCUGGACAGGGCUUGUCUGGAGCUGAUGAUCAAACUGCUGGAGCUGGACCAGGACUACUCGGGCCACCAGGAUCAGCUCACCGCCAAGGAGGUGGAGAAGGUCAAGGAGAAAAUCAGGAAACUCUGUGAGACUGUGCACAACAAGCACCUUGACUUGGAAAACAUCACGACGGGCCACCUCGCCAUGGAGACAUUGCUCUCGCUGACCUCCAAGAGGGCCGGGGAUUGGUUCAAAGAAGAACUGCGGCUACUGGGAGGCCUGGACCACAUUGUAGACAAAGUGAAAGAGUGUGUGCAGAACCUGAGCCAAGAGGACGACAAGGAGAAUCUCGUAGCAUCUUUAUGGGGAGCUGAGAGGUGUCUGAGAGUGCUUGAAAGUGUGACAGUGCAGAACCCAGAAAACCAGAGUUACUUGAUUGCCUACAAAGAAUCACAACUCAUUGUCUCUUCUGCCAGAGCUUUGCGGUACUGUGAGGAUAUGAUCCAGCGGUAUAGCAGGGCAUUAAACAACAGCUCUGUAUCAUCAUCGGGUGCAGCGCUGCCGCACUGCAGCUUCAGUAAUGUGGGCAAGGCGGUGGAGGACUGCAUGAGGGCUGUUAUAGGAGUGCUGCUCAACCUUACCCAUGACAAUGAGUGGGGAAGCACAAAGACAGGUGAGCAGGAACAGCUAAUAGUGACUGCUCUCAAUUGCGUCCUUCGAGUUCCACGUUACAUCCCCCAGGAGCAACGCUUUGACUUGCGAGUACUGGGUCUAGGUUUGCUAAUUAACCUUGUGGAGUACAGCUCCAGAAACCGCCACUGUCUGGUGGACAUGGAGUACCAUGUGGAUGACACCUGUCUGGAAGACAGCCUGAUGCAGCCUGCUGACCCAACACAAUCGGACACAGCGUCACAGUCUGCUGAGACUCAGGGAGACGAGGCUGACAAGCCUAAGCCCUCCGGUGCUUUGGCUGCCCUGGUGAAGCUCUUCCUUGAGAGGGAGCGGGCUGCCAUCCUGGCUGAGGCUAAGACUGAUGACCUCAUCAGCGAGGCCCCGAAGCCGGCACUGGACCAAAGUGGAGAGUGGCAAGAGACGUCGGGAGAGAUCCAGUGGGUGGCAGCCGAAACCAACGACAGCCAAACCGAGAAGAAAGAGGAGGAGGAUGAAGAGUUGGAUCUAAAUAAAGCUCUGCAGCAUGCAGGCAAGCAUAUGGAGGACAGCAUUGCUGCCUCCUACACCGCUCUGCUGCUGGGCUGCCUCUGCCAGGGCAGCCAGAUAAAUGUGACUACUGUGAGAGAGCAUCUACCUAAAGGGGAUUUCUCCAUCAUGACAGAAAUGCUGAAGAAGUUCUUGAGUUUCAUGAACCUCACUUGUGCAAUGGGCACCACAGGACAGAAGUCCAUCUCACGGGUCAUCGACUACCUGGAGCACUGUUAACAGACGGCAAACUCAUAUCCUGACUGCACAUAAAAGGGAUACCUGGCUACUCCGGUCCCCCCCUCCCCUGCUCAACAGGAGCCACAGAGGGGCCAUCGGAGUCCGAGCAGCAUUCCCUCCACUUCACCUGAUCUCCCAACGCUGCGAUCACUCCGACAUCUCAGACAAAGGCUGAUGUGUGGGUAAACACUCACUCAGACACAAAGGUUUCACUCCCUUUCUGGAGCACAGCCCGAACCAAAGCCCUGGUAGCCGACAGACACGCAGAUUUCUUCAUUUUCUCUCAACAUUUAGAGUCAGAUUCAUCCUCAGGUGGGGGGUCAGGCAGAGGCUAGGCUAAAUCCCACAAGCUUCUCAAUAAUCUGUGGAAUGUCAAAUGAAUCGGACUCAGAACAGACCUCUUCAUGCAUCGUCCCAAAAGCUCCGACAGUAACGGGCCACUGGGGAGGAUUCUCCGGGCUGCUGUCGGGUUUUGAUUUCUGGUCGCUCGGCUGGAGUGUAAGACCUCCGAAUGAAAUUUUAUGGAUCAUUACGUUUUAAUCUCCGCUUAUCCACGUCCAAGCCAAGGGUGAAAUCAUUGAUUAGCAUGACAAACAAUCAUUUUCAUGGAUGUUAGAACGAUGUCUCUAUAUGUAAAACUUUGUGUGGAAUGAUUUUUUUUGGAAUGCAUUCAUCCAUUUAGCUAAGUGUUUGCAGUUGGCUUGAAUGUUUAAGGGAAAAAGAAUUUUUCAGCUUUGAUUUGUAUGUUUUUAUCGCUUCGUGUAGACAUCCUGUCAUUGUUUUUAGAUUUUUCUUUUUUUAAAGCUUUUUUCCCCCAAAACUAUGAAUUACUGUUAAACAAAUCAAGAGUGUGUGACAUGCUAUUACGAAAUCUGUAUUUCCUCCCCAGCCGUUGUCGGUUUGAUCACAUUUUUAGUUAGUUUAGAUUAUUUAAAUUUCAGUUAAUUCAACCGUGUGUAAUUACACGAUGCAUUUAAACUCACAGGUAUAGCAGAUGUGAUGAAUUACUCCAAUGAUGGUCGUGCUUCCCUUUUAAAGUUUUUAAUGAAGUUAUUUUUUUAAUGUAUUUAAUUUAAUGCUUUCUCCUCCUGCGUAAAUGCAAAGUCCUUUACUUAGCGAGAUGCCAUUUGUGUCAAACGUUUCACAUCAUGUUUCAUUAUAAUCAACCCCACGUGACACAGCUCAGUGGCUGGACAUAGUACAGGUAUGCAAGGGGAUUAUGUUAAGUUGAAGUUUUGGUUUAAAGCUGCCCAAACUGUGUUCAGUAUAAUAGGAAAAGGGGGAUGUUUCUAUGUCCAGUCACAAGCAGCUUCAUGUUUUUACCCUCAUUAUACCACGAGGUGUCUGCAUUGGAAAACGUGCAUUAAGCUCCCAUUUAUUUAUUCUAUUGUAGUGUCAUUUAACCUGUGAUGAUACACCUGAAACCUUUGAAAAAGCCUCCGUCUUAUACUGCUCACAUGUACGAUCACUGAUUUGAAUGACAGCCAUACCUGUAUAAACAUUAGUUUUAUCUGGUUUGUAGGACUGCGGUGAACAGAACUGUGUCUACUGUUAAUUACUUUGCAAAAAUUUUUGGUCUGAAUGGAAUUUUAGAGUGUAAAUAUUCCUGUACAUAGCAGUUUAAUGGACAUUUAAAAAUGCUUAGACUACUUUUUUCCCUGAAGCUGAUAUUUUUAUUUUAUACAAUAUUUCUGAGUUGUUUGGAAAAACAAAAAUUGCAGCAAGAGAAAAAAAAAUGUUUGUACCCCUUUCAAGGACACUGUCUUUGGUUACAUGUAAAUAGUUGUAUCUCAAAAAGGCAAAAAAAGUUGCUACUUUCAGUACA